AUGAACGAGUUAGCCACUGUCGCCGGCUACCCUGAUAGUCAAUUUCCAACCGCACCGUUUGAUAGUGCGAGCGAUUAUCUAAGAUCAAUCGCGAACGAGCACCUGACCAACCUUUGGACCCAGCGCAACCUUGCCGAUGAUCUAGAAAUCGCUCGGUUCGCACAGCUCAUUUCAAAAUAUUAUUCUGACGACAGCGGGCCAUUUAUACCCUUCUGUGACGACAUGCGACCCUCGAAUAUGCUUAUAGAUCCGGAAACACUCCAGAUUACCGUCGUGCUGGAUUUCGAGUUUACGAAUGCCAUGCCGGCUGAGUUCACCUAUGACCCACCCUGGUGGCAGUUGCUCUCUGGACCGGAAAUGUGGCUUGACCGCUGCUUGAUGGAUGAAUUCGUGACCCUCUACGAGCCUAGAAUGGAGCAAUUCUUGCGAGCGUUGGAACGAGUGGAAAAUGAAUUCGAAUUAGAGUGCAAGCAACCUGGACUGUCUCUUUCUACCCGAAUGCGCGAUUUAUGGAGGACUGGGCGAUUCUGGUUCGAUUAUGCAGCAAGGAAGAGUUUUGAUGUGGACACCAUCUAUUGGGCUGCAUUACAUGACGGUGCGGGUGUUGAGUUGCUUGAUGACAAGACGCGUGCAGAGAUGGGGUCAUUUACGCAGAUCAAGAUGGAUCAGCUGAAGGCAUAUGAGGAGUGUACUGUUCGCUUUUCUUCGGAGAUGUAG